UCAUUUCCCCUCCGUCUGACACGCCUCGACACGCGUCGCCACAGUAGUUGCGCGGCUUCGAUACUCGCGGCAGCGACCGCGUGUCGCGAUGUGUGCCUAUUUCCUUGGAGUUCAUAGGUGUUGGGAUACUGUUACUGGUUGACAUUGGCGCCUCUUUUUUGAUCGACAGGUCUUGUAGUUGCUAUCUUCUGUUGCCUGGUGAGUAUUCACAAGCAGCGGUACAUAACCGAAACAUCCGUUCCCGACCAUCGCCACGCAGUGGUGUUGUAAUCGAUUCGUCUUGCGUCUUAGUCGCUAAGGAUUGCUUAUUACAUAUACUCCUUCCUUGUCCUCUCUUGCAUUCUCCACUACUUUUCACUAUCAAACAUCAUGCGGUUCGCUCGUGUCGUACCGUUCAUUCCUUUGGCCUCGGCCUUUGUCAUCACUGAAGCUGAGGUCUUUGAGAAGAUCGACAAGCUUGAUAGGCCUGGAAGGCAAGUCGUCGACAAUGCACGACAUGUACUCGACAAUGCCCAGAAUGUUCUCGAUGACGCCUUUAGCAAGGUGAAGCAUGGCGCGUCGGAUGCGUACAGCAAGAUACACGCUGCUGGUUGCGAUGUGGAGUCUUGGCUUGAAGGCUCCUUCGACAACUUUGAGGACGAGCACGACCACCCGCAUCCUCCUCACCAUGGACCACCUCAUGAUGGACCACCCCAUGACGGACCCCCUCCUCCUCAUCAUGGACCUCCUCCUCCUCAUCAUGGACCUCCUCCACCUCACCAUGGGCCUCCUCCCCCUCAUCACGGUCCACCCCAUCACGGCAAACCCCAUCAUGGAAAGCCCAACAUGACCGUCUACGAGCUUAUCAGCAAGAGCAAGUACACCACCAAGCUUGCUAAGCUUAUCGACAAGUACGACGACCUCGUCGAAACCCUCAACAGCACCAAGGCAAACUACACUAUCUUCGCGCCUACAGAUGAGGCUUUCGAGAAGAUUCCCGACCACGGCAAGCACCCCUCGAAGGAGCAGUUGAAGGACAUUCUCCUGUACCAUGUCAGCGAUGACUUUUACCCCGCCGGUCGUGUCCUUCACUCAUACACCAUCCCAACUCUAUAUGAGCCAGAGCAGCUUGGUCACAAGCAGCGCCUCACUGUCCGAGUUACGCUCAAGGGCCCUGCCAUCAACUUCUACGCUAAGCUUGUUGCCGUCGACAUCUUCGGCACAAACGGCGUCGUCCACGGCAUCGACUCCAUCCUCGUGCCUCCUCCCAAGGUCGCCGCCAUUAUCGAUUUGCUCCCCGGCGAGUUCAGCACACUCGAGUUGGCCCUCGGCAAGACGGGUCUCUUUGACGCAGUCAACAACACCAAGAACUACCCCCACGAGGGAGGUACUCUAUUCGCCCCGUCGAACUUCGCCUUCAAGAAGCUAGGCGUCAAGGCCAAUGCCUUCCUGUUCAGCAAGUACGGCGAGAAGUACCUCAAGGCGCUCCUCGAGUACCACAUUGUCGUCAACCAAACGCUCUACACUGACGCUUUCUUCGACGCCACCAGCAAGGAUAGCGCGGACGUUGCUGACCGCCCGCCGUACUACCACUUUGACUUGCCCACGGUGCUCGAGGGCAAGUACCUCGCCAUCGAUGUCACCAGGUACGGACCGUUUGUGUCGAUCCGCAUCAAUGGCUUCUCGCGCGUCACUGUCCAUGAUGGCGUUGCCAGCGAUGGUGUCAUCCAGGUCGUGUCUGAUGUGUUGAUCCCGCCUAGGAACGCUGCGGACGGUGCACAGGUCUUCUGGGAAGGUGAGGAGUUGACUGUUGAGGACCUCAAGGAGCGUCUCCAACCUUUCGUCGAGAAGGAGACAAUUGAGUUGUAGGUUCUUCUUUCCAACGGAGAAUACCCAAGGUGGAAGAUAUAAAGGUAGCAUGACUCACCGUCAGUGUGAAGGCGGAGAAUGUAUCGAAGUGCAGUGAUUAUUUCACGAUCUUUACGAUGAACUUGUAUCUUUAUUCCCUCUUAGUGUAGCGUUAAUAUUGUUUGAUCCAAUGCGAUUUGUCUAUCUAGUUUCAGUACACGGUCAUGUCUUCAUUAAUGAUGCUAAAUAUUUACACGCUCAGU